GGAAACUGUGCAAAUAAACAGGAAACACCAAGGACCUUUAACUACAAUUUUUGAAUACAUUUUUGUACUACGAAGAUUUUAAACUUUGAAGGACCUUGUGGAGUAAUCAGAAUGUCAAAGUUUGUUGUUGCUGCGUCCGUUUGUAUCUCGCAAAAACACCAUGGUUUCCAGUAGAAGUGACACUAAGCGUCGGAGAAGAGAUUCUAGUCCUCUUGAUGCCAAUCCAAAGCGGACUAAAGUCCAUGCUCAGCGGAAAUUUGCCCAAGGUGUGAGUAGCUUGAGCAAUCUGCUUCACUUGACGCCAGUGAAAGAAAAAUCAGAGAAAUCUAGUGGAUCAAGUGGUAAUCUAGCAAAUGGGUUAAAGGCAAGUGAAAGUUUAGGAAACCAUAGUGAUGUAGUAACAACAGGCAAGCGUGCUCUCCCAGCACGUGGUGCCAAAAAACCCAGUAUUGAAGACAUGAUCACCUUUCUGUGCUACCGUGGCACAACUGCACUUCCAUCUCACCUUGUUCAUUUGAAUAAAGCACCAUCUCCAGAGCCCACAUUGCUGUCGCAACAAGGCUCCUCUGAUAAUUCACGCAAUAGACUUGGAGAUAAAAGUAAAGAAAGUGAAAAGAAAACGAAAAAACCUCUGAAGUCAGCAGCAUCUUCUGCUCUAAAAGCUGUUAAUGCUGCUCAAGCCCUGAAGAGGAAAUAUCAGGAACAACGCAUCAAGAAAACGACUGUCUCUACUCUCACAAGCAAAGUCAAAUCAACUCCAAUUCUGCGUACAACAAGAUCUAAUGCUGGCGCUGUUGUCAACAUAUCUUCGAAAACCUUACAAAAGAAGGUUGGAACUAAGAAGGUGGAAACAAGAAAGAAAGAUUCCACUCACAAAGAAAAUUUGACUUCUAAGAAGUCUUCAAAGACUUCCAGCGGGAAACCAUCUAUUAGUUCCCCUUCUUUAAUUGUGACUCCAUCUAGUGGAAACCGUGGAGGACUACGAAGUGGGAAGGUUGUGACAGAGAAUGUUGUGAGGAGUAGCAGGAGAAAUUUGGGGACAAGUGUUACACUUAAAACUAAGCAAAAAAGUGGUGUCAGCUCACCUGAGGGCGGAAGUCCGCUGUCUAAAAAACUUGCUACAUCUCUCUCUGAUUUCUCAUCUGAAGAUGAUCAACCUCUUGUCAAAAAGCCCAAACCAUUAGUCCAAGUGCAAAAGUUAAUCAAAAAGAGCAUUGCAAACAUAGGACGAAAAAUGAAAAUGGAACCACGAAGGAGCCGACGUGGUCUUUCUUCUAGCCCUUCAUCACCCCCUUCUGCUCAUAGAUUUGUGGCACUGUUACCUGGUCAAGCAAAUGCCUCAACAUCCAAUAAUAAUGCAUCUGAUUCUCAAGAAGACAACUCCAAACAGAGAACUGGGAGCAAGAAAUUGGCUGCUUCUAGUUCAUGCAAGGAUGUUAAUGGAGUCCUCCGUAAAUCUCACUCAAAUGAUAAUGAUAAAAAGGAUGUGCACUCAACUCCUUCAACAACCCCUGUUAGGAUGAAGAAAGGUUAUGUCAUGGAACUUGUUUGUGACACUACUGGAGAAACUGAUUCAGAAGUCUUGGAAACUCGAUCUAGAAGAGGCUCUCGUGACAUGCGGGAUACAUCUCUUGAAGACAAGGCUAAUAUUAACCAUGGAGGCCAGGAUCAUGUUAAAAACUUGCCUGCUGAGAUCAAGAAGAAAGAUCAAUCUAAAGUCGCUGAACAAUCUAAGAACUUGCCUACGGAAAGCAAGAGAAAAGAAACAAAAGCCACAGAGCAAUCUAAAAAGGUGGGCAAUGGAGCAACGCCAAAGCCUGCCAAUACCAAGGCUACCAGUUCACUUUCUAAAAGUCAGCUUGAUUUACCCCUGGCAGCAGUUUUGAAAAGCCCUCCUGACCUACGAAUUCCAUCUUCAAUUAAAAGACCUCUUACAGCGGUUGGUAUUACAAAUCCAAUGGCCAUAGCUGCUGCUGCUGCAGUUGUCUGCAAAUCUUCAACAUCUACUGUGGACGAUAAAGGGAAACCAAAAGAAUCCCCUCAGUCUAAAGACAGUAAGGAUAAGAAAGACAUACGUAAACGGGAAUCAACGUCAGGUAACUCUAAAUCAUUGAAAAGUAAUUCUUCCAAAGUGGAUGAUAAAACUGAUUCUGAUCAAAACAAAGCCCAAGAAGAAACUAACAUCAAAGUUGUUGAUAAGAUAUCAAGCAAGCAAGAUCGACUUAAAUAUGGGGGCUCCCCUAAGAAAAAAUCAGAUGAUACAUCAGAUGAAAAUACCAAGGUUGUAAGUAGCAUGUCAACUAAAGACACAAAACUAAUGAAAGUGAGGACUGAUUUAAACAGUUCAUGCAAGAAGACUGUUAAGGAUGAAGAUACCAAACUUCCACGCACCUCCAGAAGAAGUGGAUUUAAGGUACCCUCUGAUGAAGAUGAGGCACCACUUACAGGGAGUAUUGCUAUUAAAAAGGGUUCAGAUGAAGAUGAAGUAAAACUAUCACCAAGAACUAGGAGAUCAAAUGUUCGCUUGUCCAAAAAAGCAGUGUGCUCUGAUGAAGAAGAACCUACUGAAGAAGUGUCUAAAGUAUCUGAAGGGAAAGAUGCCAAAGUGUCAAUUCAAUCUCGGAAGAAGAUUUGUAAUACUGAAAGUGACCAAGACCAGAAGAAAAAACAUUACACACGGCAAGGUAAAGUCCAUUCAUCAGAUGAUGAAUACCAUGUUAAAAGGACUAAAAGAGACAAAAAGAAAGUAUCUCGGUCUUAUGAUGACGCUAGCAGUGGGAGGUCUGGUGAUGAUAAUCUCAGUGAUGAUGUCAGUCCGUCAACAUCUAAACCGUCCACUAGAUCAGCUGUUAAAAGCCAUGUCCUGGAAAGAAAAUCAUCUCGAUCAACUAGAUCUGGGAAAAUACUGGACAAUUCAGAGGAAAACUAUUCAACAGCAAGAAGUAAAUUUAGACCCAAAUCAGAGGUUUCUUCUUCAGAAGAGGAUUCUGAUUCUGAAAGUUCCAUCUCUCCUGCUGUUCCUACAACCAGAUCAAGGACUGUGAGGAAAUCUCAUAGUAAAAGAGAAGCAUCUUCUGAUAGUAGUGAUGAAGGAACUGAUGGAAAGAUCAGUGGGCGUAGUAGAAGGUCCACUGCACUUAAGAAGGUAUUGUCAAGGGGCUCAAGGAGUGCUUCAAGUGAAUCGACCAGUGAUUCAUCCUUUGAGGAUAAUACCUUGGGUGGUGAUAGAUCUCAUCGAAAGCCCACAUCGAAUAAAAAAUUACUGUCAAAGAAGUCAAUUAGAAAGGCUUCAUCUGUUCAAGCUAGACCCAAAUCUUCUGAAAAUGACCAUGGUGGAAAGAGACAAAAUGAUGAUGAAGAGGGAAAUGAUGUUAAACUGAGACGCCGGCAAUCCAGGAGCCCACGAAGAAGUUCACGCAGGAGCACGCUGGUAAAGAAUAAUGAAAGUAAAAAUGUUUCAUCAGCAAGUGAUGCUAGUUCAUCAGAUUCAUCACCAAGUCAAAACCGGCGAGUUUUGCGUCAAAGAAGGGGAUUCUUUAGUUUUGCUGAAGUUGAUCCUCCCUCAGAUUCUGAAGAAGAUGUUAUUGCGGCCACCAAAGCCAGCUUAGAAAUGAUAAAUCAACAGCAAUCCACUGAUUCUACAACUGCGGUUGACAGUUUAACAAAGGAUAUUCCAGAAAAGGAUUUAGUAUUAAAAUCCAUUGAGACUGACUCUUCAGGCAGUAAACAAACCAAAAACUUCUCACAGGAGCCCAUCACAUGUACCAAGAAAGCAAAGCUUGAACCCUCAAAUGUAAAGAAGUCUCUUUCUAAGAAGAGGAUAAAACCAGUCAGUGAAGUUCAAUCAAAUUUAAAUGAAGAACUUGAAAAAACAUUAUUAAGUAUCAAUUUGUCACCUAAAAUGGACAAAUCAUCUGAUAAGUCCCUGCAAGAUGAUACCGCUCUUGAAUCCAGUGGGACAGCAAUUUCAGACUCAGUGGCUUAUACUUCUGAACCAUUUUUAACUUCCAUGUCAUUGACUUCAAGCAUGCCUUCAGCUCCUCCUUCUAAGCUCCAUCAAACUGGAUCAAAGACCAUUUCAGUGGAUACGCCUCUACCAAUUACUUCAUCCUUAGUUGUUCCCUGCUCAUCAUCUUUGUUGACCUGUGCAACAACUGCUUCAGGAAGUCGUGGUGCUCACACAACUAUGAGCCAGAUGCCCUCUGCUUCAAAGUCAAAAAGUUCAUCCACCUUAGCCUCAGAUGCAACAUUGUUAUCGUCCACCUACGGUUCUUCACUCUCAAUCAAGCCAGCACUACCUGCACCAAUGCCUAGUAUGGCUGCUCCAUCUGGAAUGUCAUUUAAUCCAAAUAGCACUCACUCAAAUAUUGGCACUAAAGUAGCAAAAGCUGUUCUGACCUCAACCUCAAUGUCUGCUUUUUCAAAUGCGUGCUCGUCCACGUUCUCGACACCGCCGGUACUAAUGAAAGGGCAGUCUGUCUCCUGCAAUCUUCUGCCUAUUGCAAGUGGUGGGUUGUCUACAAUAGCAACUUCAUCAACAUUAGGAAUUCCCUCUACCGUCUUGAGUGCUUCGGGGCAGCUUCUGACCUCUAUGCAGACACAAGUUCCUUCUGCUCUAGCUACUGCUGUUCCAGCCUCAAUUUCAUCAUCUGUGACAACUGCUUUGCCGACGCCCUUGACUCUGCCCAUCUCAGCUCCAAUACCCCUCAGCACUCAACUUGGCAUACCUCUGCAAACAUCAGGUAAUAUGCCGCUGUCGGUCCCCAUGUCUACCACUAUGACUUUACCUUUACAAGUUGGGCCACUUUCAUCAGGGACGUCAGCGGCUGCUCCAUUUUUACUGCCAGUCCAGUCAGCCCUCACAUCUAUGUUGGCUCCAGGUCAAACUAUCAUCAAGAAAGAAUCUUCAAACCUAGCUGGUAUAACCAAUUCUGUGGGGAGUGCACCUCUCAUGGUGGGCAUGAACCCAUUAGUUGUCAAUAGCAAUCGAGGAACAAUCUUCUUGUCAACUGGAAGUACAAUGACAAUGACUUCAAGUCAGCAGCAAAUGGUGUCAGGACCAAUUAUGCCCUCCCUGCUGUCCCUGCGGCUUCCGGAUAAACCACAACAAACAAUCAUGGCAAGUUCCCCUCUGUAUGUACCAUUUGCCUUUGGAAACCCUGGCAUUAUUCAGACGCAAGCUCAAGUUCAGCCUCAAAUUCAGACUAUGGCAGGGGUUUCCACAAUUACUGCCAUGGCUACCAACAUUCAGAAUUCUAUGGGAACAAAUAUGCCAAAUACUAUGUCAACAAAUUUGCAAAAUGCAAUGACUGCUAGUGUUCAGAAUGUUUCACCGAAUAUCCAAAAUGCUUUAGUCACAAAUAUUCAAAGUGUAAGUUCUGCAAGUACGCAACAUUCAAUGGUUGGUAAUAUUCAGAAUUCUGCAAGCAUUUCCUCAGCAUGCUCCCCCAUGCUCACCCAUGCUCAAGGGACUGGCACUGGAAUGAAACGCCAGUUGGUUUUGGCAAAUAAAAAUGGCACCAUGUCAAAACUCAUCCUCUCCGUGGGUGAAGAUGGUUCCCAUGUCUUAGCCGCUGCAAGUCCCAACUCAGUACCUAGUUCUGAGGGACAAACAUUGAUGUCAGUUAUGCAACCAGUGCAGUCUUCAAAAUCUGGACCUCAAGUUAAUACUACUUCAAGUUUGCAAACACUGCCAUCUUUUUCUUCACAGUCAGUGUCAAUCUCCAAAGGAUCACAACCUUUAGUUUCAGUAACUGCUGGAUCACAGCCAGUGAAGCAAACCACGAUUUCAGCUCCCAAAAUUACUGCAACUUUCUCCAGCCAAGCAACUUCAGGCAGCAUUGUACCAGUGACUGCCAGCUUUAUUUCAACACCUGUGCCAACAUCUAAACCUCUUCACUCCACAUUACUCUCGAAAGCAUCAAAUGCAUCUGUGUCGCCGAGCAAAUCAGGACUAGUUGUAACCAGUAUUGUUCCUUCAAGUACUUCAAGUGCAAGUGUUGAAUCAAGAGCUGUGAAAAGUGGCAAUUUGCCUAAGUUUGCUGCCAGUUCCUCUAUCACUUCAAACACAUUUCCUUCAUCUUCAUCUGCAAUGAGUUUAGCCUCUAAUACUUCUAUUAUCUCAUCUGAAACUAAUAAGGCCUCUUCUACUGUCAGUACUGUUUCAUGUAGCAGAACUCUAGCUACCCCAAUUAAAGCUGACAUGAAGCAGAGUACUACUCCUUUAAUUCGUUCAUCUGCAUCUUUGGUAGUUUCAUCAGCGACUAAACCUCAAGAAAAUCGACCAACUUCUAGUAUAUCAACGUCAUCAUCUAAAUCAAGCCCUGUUGUUGACUCAUUAUCAAGCAAGCCCCUGGUGUCAGGAAAGACUACGAUUCCUCCUGAUCCUAAAGUGGCCCUGACUGGAUCACCAGUCAGAAGUGUUGCACAUGGAGAUUUGAUUACAACAUCUUCUUCCAACACCAGUAUAGUCACAUCUCCUGCUUUGACAUCAAGAAUACCAUCAGCACCUGCUGCUCUUGCUGCUUUGAAGAGCAGCGGGACACUUGCAUCCACUCGCGCAAUUGCAAAGACUGGAUCUAGUCGUAAGCCAUAUUCAACUGCUGCUUCUUAUGCAUCUGCAAAGACAUCUGAUUCUUCUGAACUAGUAACUCCUUCCACUUCUCCAGCACCUGCAAGUUCUGGCCAGCUACCAUCUCCUCUUAUGAGGGUAACUAGCUCUCAAAUGCCUCCAAUCAUCACUUCCCCAUUAAAAGAAACAGUUUCUAAAGUGAGUGUGACACCUUCACCUUCCAUUUCAAAGAGCUCUAUUUCAGCGGUUUCUACGAAUACUGAUGUCAAGCGUAAGGGCACUGAGGUGGAACUUGCUUCCACACAUAGAACACUUACAAUGUUGUCUACAGCUUUCCAAGGUCUAGAAAAGAAACGAGAUAUAUCUGCAAGGAAGGUUAUUGAAACACCUGGAUCUUCUGAGAAACAGACUGGAAAGUUGAAUGUUGAAAAGUCUGGACUAGACAGUUUAGCAGAGGUUGCUACAAGUCUUGCUGAGCGGUCCUCGGAUGGAACUCUGUGUGACAAACGAAUUCCUGAACAUUCCUUAUGGGCCAAUCCAGCUCAAAUUCUUGGAAAAGAAACCUUGAGAGUCCCUGGUCUCCCCAUCACUGCCAAUAUAGGAACAAAUUUGCCUACUAAAAACGAUUUAGCAAAGAUGAAGAGUGGUGCAGUUUUAGCGGAUGCUUUAGAAAAACGGUCCUUAUCAGAUAUUGAAAAGUUAUGCAAAGUCAGAGGGAAUUCUCCAGGAAGUAAAUGUGAGAAAUCUUCUGUCUCAGGACUGUUAACUGGUAGUACAGCUGAGACACCAUGUCAGAAAGUACAAAAAUGGCUGGAGGAUGGUUCUAAUCUUGAGAUGGAGCACAAACAUAAUUGUCGUCUCUUGAGUAAUGGAUCUAAUUGCACUUGUGAUGUGAUGGAAGAAGAUAUUUCCAACUUAAACAGUCUUGCCGAAGUUUGCGUCAGUAUGGAGCGCAUAAAUAGUCCUUCAAAAGAACAAAAAAAUGCGAAACAAACUAAUAAAUCAUCAACCGAAAAGAAGAAGAGAAACGAGCGUGGAGAUUCAUUGAAAAGUGGUGCUCAAAUUUCACCUGUCAAGUCCUCUCUCCCUCUAGACAGUGAUCAAAUGAAAGUAACUUGGCGGAAUGCAUUUGGUGUCAAAUCUCCUGCAAAGAGUAGCAAGGUUGUGAACUCCACUCAGUCAAAACGAGUUACACUAAGUGAUGAAUUGAAGAAAAUUCAGACAACUGGAAACAUGCUUUUGGAAAAAAGUUGUACAAUUACUGCAGAUAGUGUUCCUCCUACAGCUUUAUUUGGCCAAAAUUAUGGAAAAGAUUUAAGGAAACAAGAUGAAGGUGCAGAAUCGAGUUCUACUGAUGAAACAUCACAGGAAAAGAAACUAGCUCAACGGAAAUCUUUACUUGGUCGCAUACCUGAUCCAUCUACUAAUUUGAAGCUUGAUAGUGCAGCUUUUUCUGCUGACAAUGAAAGUAGUGUUUAUGCAUUUGAAGCCGAAACUGAUACUCCCCCUGUCAGUCAGCCGUUCCGGAGAAGAUCGAAAACACUGUCUAGAUCAGAUGAAGAAGACUCGACUUCAGUUGGAUCAAUCUCUCAUCCUCUGACUGUUCAAGUGAGCAAAGAUCCUGUUUAUGUACCCAUUCAGGUAGAAAUUGAUGAAAACAUUCCACGUUCAGGAUUAUUAGAAGUUCCAUCUGAGAAAACUUGUAAUCCGUCCAAUGAUUCUCAAAAUGACGACAGUGAUGUUUAUUAUAUUCCACUAGGAGGACAAGAAGGUCAUGAAGGUGAUGUAAGAGCAGUUGCUGUCAGGUUGGGCAAAAAGGGUCCUAACAAUCGAGUGGUUAUGAGUGCCAAAAUUGUAAAGAAACCACCAACUUUUAAACAUCCCAAUGACACAGCUGAAGAUGGAUUGCCAAACAAAAGAGUGAAAAUGGAAAUGUCAUCCCAAGCUGGUCAGCAUUCUGGUCAGCAAGCUGAUGCAAAAACAUCUGCUAAAAAGUCACUAGAAAGCAAGACGUCCUGUCAGAAUGUUGGCAGUAAAGCCAAAUCACCUCAGGAAAAAACCAAGAGAGAAACACAUUUUUCAAUAACAGAUAGUUCAGGAGAAGACACAUCACCAUUGCCACUCUUACCAUCAUCAUCAUCAUCUUCAUCAAAGGACACAAAGGAGUUCAAAAGUUCGAUGUCCCCUGCUUCAUCAAGAAACAAAUCUCCUAUGUCGGAUAUUGCCUCUCCAUCUGCAUCUCAGUGUAAUUCAAAAGGGAAAGGGAGAUUGAACCGACAGUCAUCUAUUGAUAGUGACGCGAGUGAAAAGGCCAAGUCUUCACGAAGGGGCUCGAAGGGUAAAUCUAGCUCAUCUCGGGCUUCACCCUCUCCAUCUUUACCAUCAACCUCUUCUACAUCAAGUGGACCCUCUAGACCUUCACAAAAAUCUAACAGAUCAUAUAAUGGACCUGUGCCUGGAAAUAUUUCAGAAGCUCCAGUUUUCCAUCCAACAGAAAAAGAAUUUCAGGACCCAUAUGCAUAUAUUGAAAAGAUACGUCCCAUAGCUGAGAAAUACGGACUCUGCAGAAUAGUUGCACCCCACAGCUUUAAGCCGGAUUGUAAUGUGGAAGAUGAUAUACGGUUUACUGCCGACAAUCAGUACGUACACAAAAUGAUGGAUCGUUGGGGUCCUAACGCCAAAGAGAUGAGAGCCAUUGUUAAAUACAUUGAUCAACACAAUAUCCAUCUUAAACAUCCACCAUUGGUUGGAGGUAUGGAACUUGAUUUGCCUCGACUAUAUACUACUGUACAAAAUUUUGGUGGUUUAAUGGAAGUCAUGGACAAGAAGCGUUGGGUUAAAGUAGCUGAAACAAUGCGCAUCCCUAAAAGUGCACAAGAUAGAGCAAGUAAAUUGGAUGAAGUAUAUUGCAAAUGCCUCCUUCCAUAUGAAACUUUGAAAACAGGUGAAAGAGAUAAUCUCUUUGAAAUGGUCGAAGUAGAGUGGGAAAUGCGUAAAGAAAGACGAGACAAACGUUUAGCUGCUUCUGCAUCCUCACCUGAUGAAGCGGCGGCAGAUUCUCAGGCAGAUGAUGAAGACGAUGAUGAGGAAGAAGAUUCUGAUGCUGAUGAAGAAGAUGAGUGUAUUGUCAAAGGCCGAUCCAUGCCUUUGACCACAUUUUACCGCACAGCUCGAAAUACAACCCAUAUGUGGUUUAAGGGAAGUUCUCCUUCAGCCUCAGAAGUUGAACAUGAAUUCUGGCGCCAUGUGAGGGACCGAAAUUUCCAUAUCUGUGUUAAUGCUGGAUCAGUUGAUUGUAGUGAUCCGCCAUAUGGUUUUCCAAUCCGUAACUCACCAUUUGCUAAACAUCCUUGGAAUCUAAAAGUUUUUUCAAACAGCAAUGGCUCUGUACUACGAUCGCUUGGCUCAAUUAUUGGUGUGACUGUGCCAACAUUACAUUUUGGUAUGGUAUUCACUACAUGUUGCUGGUAUCGUGAUCCUCAUGGAUUGCCAUGGAUUGAAUAUCUGCACACAGGCGCUAAAAAGAUCUGGUAUGGUAUACCUGAACAUGGCAGUGAAAAAUUCCGUUCUGCUAUGCAAGAUGUAGCACCCCAUUAUGUACGCAAGAAGGCUCUUUGGCUUGCUUCUGAUACUGCUAUGAUUCCGCCAAACAUGCUCACAGAACGUAAAGUGCCUCUUUGUCGUACUGUUCAAGAGCCUGGUCAGUUUAUCGUUGUGUUUCCUCGUGCUCACACAUCUAGUGUUGCAACUGGAUAUAUUGUCUCUGAGAGUGUAUCAUUUGCUCCGCCAAGCUGGCUUCUUUCUGCUAUGGAAUCAUUCAGGGAAAUGCAGAAGUGUAAUGAACCACCUCUCUUUUCUCUUGACAAAUUAAUAUUUGCUAUUGCUGAGGACCCGAGAUCAUCACUUAAUGUAUUAAAUACGAUUCUCUCUUCAGUAAUGGAAAUUUUAGAAAGAGAAAUAACAUCCCAACAAGAAUUGAAGAAGAAAGGAGUAACUUCAACAGAGCGCAUGGAACGAUCUAGGAAGAAGUCUGCUGGGAAGAAGUCCAAGAUUCAGAAAGAACUUGAAGAUGUAGAAACUUUGGAAUGUGAAGUUUGCUCUACCAUCCUUUUCUUGUCAAUGGUUGUUAACAAGGAAGAUCAGAGUCGCUACUGUUUAGCACAUGCAUCAUCAUUUGUGGAUCAAGAAAAACUUAGCCCCAGUCAGUGUAAACUACUGUAUACCUACACUCAGAAUGAACUACACGAAUUUUGCCAAAAUCUUCUAGACCGUAUUGAAGCAAAAUCUGGAAAGAAAGGUAACAACUCCAGUGGCAAUAAUAGUGACAGUGGAAGCUCUGCUUCAACAUCCACUAGAAAUUAAUGUUGUGCCAAAUUUCUACAAGUUUUAAGAUUUGAUUGCAACUAUUGGAAGUUUGGAGACACAUUUAUGCGAGAAAUGUUCAGUGGUGCAAUAUUUUAGUAUCUACGUACUUAAAUUUUAUUUAUAAGCUAACUGCUAUCUUCUAUAAUGUUCCUGCAAAUGAAUGAGAAACAAGUAUUAGUGAGAGAUUCUAUUUUGUUCUGUGGAAGUAUUGUACAUAAGGUAAUAUGGGACUAAGAAGGGGUGUGUUGACAACAUGAUUGGACAUUUUUAAUUUUCAUUUUUAAUCUGCCUCUUUUACACAUCUAAUCUCAAUGCAGUUUAUCUCUGAUCUUUAAUCCUAAAUGAAUGGUUUUUUGAAAACGUUACACAGAAAGGGAAAGGAAGAGCCAGUCAGCCACAUUCCAUAUGUAUAUAGUUGUUUUCAUUUUGAACUUUUGCAAACCAUGAAACCAUUAACUCCACACUCUCUAUUUUUAUUUCCUGACAAGGAGGUACAAUUACCUAGUUUAUAAUGGUUAACAACUCUAAUGAUGUAGGUGAUGACAUAGAUACUAAGCUACGUGAAUGGCAUGUUGUGAGGUUGAACAACUCUUAUUCUUAUUAUGAAAAAAAGUCUCUGUUAUUGCAGAUUUUUUAUUUGUUGGCCUUAGGAUAGUAACAGUUAUUACAUUUUUUAUCAGUGUAUUUUAUCAACCAAGCUGCAGUUACAACUGAAAGCCAAAAUCGCAUUGAAAGCUGUGUUUAUGAAUGUGGUGAACUUGGACUUAAUUAGUCCUCAAAGUGGUCUCUGUUUUGAGAAUUGGCGUUAUGAUUUUAUUUUGUAAGAGAUUUUAUCACCACUGUAUAGUGUUUACAUUCCUUAAUUAUACCAGUCUUUUGUUUUGUGUUGGUGACAAAAGGCAUAGCAAUCUGAUUAAAAAUGUACCAACAUUCCUUUAAUUAUAGAAAAUAACCAGUCUUAUGUAGAAGAAAGAGUACAAUAUUGUAUAUUUCACAUAAAAGAAUCCAUUUGCUCAUUGAGUUUCGCCUUUUUAAUUUGUAUUCUAAAUUUCAUCAAAGACAAAAAUUGUGGAAUGUUACUUUUACCACAUAUCAUCUGGUGCCAAAGAUGCUUUACUGGUAUUGUGAGUAUAGCAUAAUGUUCUUGAGCAAGUACACAGUAGAUUUCUGUGUACAGUGUCUGCUAUCAAAUGAACAGAAAAAUAGGCUUUUAUUUUCUCUUGUCUCCUCUAUAUUGUUACCUUUCAUGAACUUUUAUUGGUAGAUGCAAUUAAUGGUAGAGUUUUAUUGAUAGUGUUACUAAUGUUCAUUUUCAGAGUACAUACAUAUUUGUUAAUGUACUCUUACAUUGGAAGCUCUGCCUAUGAAUUCUGUGAAGAGUAUUUCAGUUGCUUGUUGUUUAGUUUCAUUUGGUAUACAUGUGUGUUGUGUGAGUCUUCCUGCAUGUUGUGAGGGUGAAUGCAAGUUUUACAUGAUUUGAUGAUAUAGCUUAUUGUGAACAUUGUUUCUUACUACUGCAAUACUACUUUAGUAUUCAUUUGCUUGUUAUUGCAUCACAAUGUAAAUAAAUACUUGUUAUCCUGAGGAGGGUGCUGUAAACCCAAAACUGUAGGCAAAUGUAUAUAGGAUAUAAUAUUUGUGGUUGAGGAAAUCAUAGAGUGGGUAAGUUCUAGGCAGUGGCCUCUUCUUUUCCACUGCCAGGGGCUCACUGGACUCCUUUUUACCUUGGUUGCUUAAAUCUGUAUCUCCCCUUUUGCAAGCCAAAGAAUGUUAAGUGCUUUAGCAUGUGUUAAUUAUGUAGUCUACUGUUAUGAAUUCAUUGUACAGAGAUGCUUAUCAAAUGAACGGCGGACCUUUCAGGAACAUCAGUUUAUGACACGUCUGGAACAUAACAGCAAUGGUUUGUUUCAUUUUCAUAAUAUAUUUGGUACUGACGGCAUUUGGAAUUCCAAGAAUGAAAAGAAGGCAGUGCUGUUACUUUCUUUUUACAAGUUUGACCAAUGUUUCUGUAGCACUCCUGUGAUGCUCACUCAUUCUUUUAAAAUUGGACUGCAGUCAGUGAAAUUGAAAUAAUCUAGAAUAUAUUUUAAUAAGAACAGCACAUUUAAGCACGAUGAAAAUAAAUCUUGACUGUGUCAUGUGUAAAUUGUGGACCAUACUAUGAAUAUAUUACCUGACAUGUUAAUUAACGAAAUUAUGUGAUCUUCAGAGCCAUUGACUAGUUUAUCCUGCAAUGGCUUGUAAACUUAGGACGAUUCCUCUAAAACAAUUGUUAUGAAUUAAUCAUUUUGUGGUUCCCAGUGGUUCUAUCUUAAUUUCUUUUUGCUGGAUUGCUUUAUCCUUAAUUUGGGGUAUGUAAUUAUUGUGAUUUUAAUCUAAAUGAAAUGAAAUUUUCAUGUUAGUCUCACAGUAAAGUUUCUCUGCAUCAUCUGCUGGGCAGUAUGCGAAGCUCCAUUAUUUUAUUUUCUGACCAUCUCUAGUCCUGCUUCUCAAUCACAAUGUAAAUAGAUAAUUGUAUGAACUAAAUGUCUUUCUAUUUAUUUUUCCAACUGCAGUUCUUUUUACUUAUAGGUAUAUAGAUGAUAUAUAUUUACAUGUACAUACAGACCUUUUUCUUUUAUAUAAACACUAUAGAGUGAGCUUGUUAGUCCUUUCUAUACAAUCAACUGUACAUUUUUUGUUGUUUUGUUUUAUUUUCAAAUAUUGUUGUGUAGUUUGUGUGAUAUGUGAAUGUCUCUUUCUAGAGUUUUAACUUAAGCUGUUUGGUUUGUUGUACUCUACUUUUAAAUUUACAAAAUCUGGAUGACAAGAUGAAUCAUGCAUGUGAAUGGAGACGUUAAACAAGGGUCACUGACUUUCACAAUCAAAAAUUGAUUUUAGUUUGUAGUGGAUCAUCCUACUUACCACUGUUACGAUUUUGCAUAGAGCGUUCAAAUUACAAGAAACUAUUGUACAAAAUUACAAGUCUUUCUACUGUCUGAAAACUUAGGUAGAUAAGAAAUUUCUGUUUAAUCUAUUGAAUUUAUUUUUUAAAAUGGGAACGAUUGACUUUUUUUGUGUGUUUGAGAGUUCUGUAUACAUAUGUAAGUGUGUGUUUUGCAUGUCAUUCAAUAAUUUGUAUCUUACAAUUAUACAAUGUUAGUAUUGCAUUUAGCAAA